AUGCACGGAGUUAAUGAUAAGGUCAUAAAGCUAUUGACAUACCUUAUGAAAUCCUGGAGGACGUCGCUGUUGCUGAGGACGGGGGACCGUAUGGUAGAAUCGGACAGAAUUAGGAUCGGGCGGGGGAUUUUUCAGGGAGAUACUUUGAGUCCGAUCUGGUUCUGCAUGGCGCUGAACCCUCUCAGCAUGAUACUGAACAACACAGCCUUUGGAUACGUCAUCGAUAAACAAAGGAGAACUCGGAUUAACCAUCAGUUAUAUAUGGACGACCUCAAGCUCUACGCUGCUACAGCCGACCAGCUAAAGAGACUCCUAGAGAUCGUGUCAACAUUCAGCGACUCCAUAGGCAUGAAGAUGGGCAUAGAGAAAUGCGCUACUCUGGAAGUGAAGAGAGGAAAGAUUCAGGAGACCUGCAUGGGAACAACUUUGAUGAACCAAAUAACGAUCCCCCCCUUGAACACGGAUGACACCUACAAAUACCUGGGAAUAAGACAGGCAUUGGAAAUCAAGACCUCGGAGAUGAAGGAAUUAUUCAAACAAAGACUAUAUAAAAGAGUCAACCUUAUCCUGAAAUUCAAACUCAACUCCAGGUCCCUAUUUACGGCCAUAAACAUCUGGGCAAUCCCGAGCAUAACGUACUUCUUCGGCAUCCUGACUUGGUCUCUGACUGAGCUGCGAGAAAUAGACAGAGCAAUAAGAUCCAUGCUCACAAAAUACGGAAUGCACCAUCCCCAUGCGUCGACAAUCCGGCUUUACCUUCCACGACAUCAGGGAGGCAGAGGCCUUAUGAACCUAGAAAAUGUUCACGAAGGCAAUCUAAUCUCACUGAGGAAAUACUUCCUCAAAGAAAACUCACCUCUGUUCCUGUCCAUUCGUGAGGCUGAUGAUAGGAUCACUGCACUAAACCUGUCCGCACCGGAACACCACGACACCAGACGGACGCGGGAAGACAUGAUAGGAGAAUGGAAUGCGAAGUCCCUCCACGGAAGAUAUCCCAGUCACCUGAAAAAUAAUAAUCACGUCAAUGAGGUAGAAUCACUCACCUACUUACGUGCGGGAUACCUUUUCCCUGAGACUGAGGGUCGACUCAUCGCCAUUCAGGAUCAGGUUGUGGCAACAAGAGCGUACAUGAAAAACAUUGCUCGGAUUGACAUUCCUACAGACCGAUGUCGCAGGUGUGCCCAAGCACUAGAAUCCAUCCAGCACAUUACUUCGGCAUGUCCAGUUCUCGCCCCAAGGGAUUAUCUUGAAAGGCACAACUCUAUGGCAAGAAUAUACCAUCAGAAGAUUGCACUGAGACUUGGCCUGUUGCAGAAUGAGACUCCGUCGUACUGGUAUCAGCCGAAGUCGCUGUUACAAAGCCAGGAAUAUAAACUGUACUGGGAUACCACCUUGGUAACGGACAGAGGUGUUGCCCACAACCGGCCGGAUGUCGCUAUCUUCGAUCUGAAGAGGAAGACCUGUAUGCUGCUGGAUUUCGCCAUCCCGGCCGAUGACAACAUUUCCAGAGCCUACUCUGAAAAGGUCAGUAAGUAUUCUGAUCUGGCGUUCCAGCUCCGGGAGCUUUACGACCUCCGGACAAUAAGUGUACUCCCGAUGAUUAUAUCGGUGAACGGUUUGGUUUAG